ACCACAACAAAGAAUUGUUUUUUCUCACUUCAUAGUUUAUAUUUCUUAAUCUAUACUAUUUACAAAUGGCUAGUGCGGAUACUGCAGUUCUUGUUCAUUGGAAUGACUCUAUGAUCACAAAAGAUAAUGCAAUAGAGUAUUCCAUACCUCCUAAGGUAGUAUUGUUCAUCACCAAAGGAGAUGUUUUUAACACUCUAUAUGAAGGUGUUCUAAAACACAUAAGAGAAGCGGGGUUUUCUGAAAUACAAUCUAUUUAUGGAAAAAUGCCAAAAUUUAAGAAUUCGGUCUACGUUGCUUCUAGAGCGUGGCCCAUCCACGAUGACCGGUCAUGGAUUAAUUUUUCCCGAGUCGCUUUCCAGGAGUACGAGGAAUUGCAAAUUUUCGUGGAUGUUAUAAACAACUCUAUAGCCCCACCACAAAAUUUGAUCUUCGACGAAGGUCUUGCAAAUACUACUGCUACGUUUGGUGAUAUCGGGCAGGGUCCAUCAUCAACAUCUGGCCGAAGGAGAAACACAUCCACUUUUCAGGCCUUCCGGUCUCCCGGAAGAAGUUCAACAGAGAACUAGUCAACCACUUGAAGAAGAGAGUUUGUCUGAGGCCAUUGUCAGUGUGGAAAACCAUUGCAAGAAACUGCUAUAGAGAUGGAUUUGCUGCCAAUGUUAUGGUACAAGACGGGUGCCAUAUGUGUAAAGGCAGUGUAUGUCCAAAUCCUUCUGAAGCAAGAGAGAACGCGGCUUCAAAUAUGAUGGCCAAAAUAGCCAAAUUGAGUGAGGCGAAAUUGCUAGCUACUUAGGUAUGCCCCCACCCCAGAUUACUUACAGGGAGACUUGUAACUUAACAUGACGUAGUGCUCUUCUCUAGAAUGGUAUAUUCCACUAAUGUUCUGAGAUUUUAUGUAGGAAAGGCAUGCCUUGAUGGUAACUUGUUCCUUAUUACAUUCAAGACAUGCUGUAAAUUAGCACUUUAAAUAAAACAAACUCACUCCUUGUGAUAAAGACUGGGAUUUUUUCCGUUUCCAAGGCCUGGUUUAGUGAAACUACUUUAACAAGAAAUAUACAUCAACCUUACCAAUAUAGACUCCCUUCGUAUCUAGCAGUAGGUCCAACACAAAAAGCAAGGAAAUGAGGCCUAAAUCAUUACCUCCCAAUACCUCACCACCCAUUGUAUAAGAGCUACAUACUGCUGGCUACACCUCUAUCCAGUACAGACGAGAUGCUAAACUACUGCUAAUAUAUCACAUCUUCUUGAGCUCAUCAUUUUUCCGUUUGUGAAGGGUUCGAAACAUCCAAUCCAUCCAUAUCGUGUAGUGGCCAUAAGUAUGCCGAUAUGUGGUAUGAUGAAUUGUGUGAUAGGCAGUCAUGAAUAUUGGCUGUCCAGGAAGUAUCCCAUCCAAUGGGUGGAAUGACAAACCAGUGAAGGGAGAAAGUGUCUUUUGCGUGUUGAAAAUAUGGUGGGUAGUGAUAAAGUGGUUUUAUGUCAUGCAACUCUCUGUGCAUCCAAUAGAUACCAAACUCCACAAUACAAGAUAAGCAGUUAGCUAGAUAGACAAAGUAUAGAGGCAAUCCCACAUCACUUAUGUUUGGAUCACAUCUAGUCCAUCCACUUCCAAUCAUGUCUUCAGGCACUGAUGGGAGAGCAGAGUACCCAGGCAUGGCCUUCUUUGCAAAUCCGAUUUGUAAGAGCAUAGCUUUAUAAACUGGUGCAUGAUCCUUGAAGGAGAGAGGAGGCUGCUCGGCUCUGUACUGCUUCUGUUAUCCGCAAUUAGCUUCCUAGGAAUUUUAUUGUUAAAUUAGUGGGAAUGUGGGAUGCCAAAGAAGAUCGAAUACAUUACCCCAGAUUUCUAGUCAUUGAUGUGACUCUAAAUUAUUUUUAUUUUUUACUCCCUCCGUCCCAAAAUCGUUGGCCAAUGUUGACUUGCACGUGGAUUAAUAAAGUAAAAACUGUGUGGUUAAAAUUUGUGCAGAGGAGAGAGAAUUAACUUUAGCCAC